CCUUUUACAAAGGAGAGAGAGAGAGAGAGAGACAGAGAGACAGAGCAGGGGUGGCUUUUGAAGGGAAGAAAAAAAGGUCUGUCCAGGCGCAUUCGGUGCCACGAUGUCCAAACUGAUAUUGCUGUUGCUCAUCCUAUUCUUGGCUCUUCAUCCUUCUUCUCCCCGGCCUGAGCCAUAUGCUAUGCGCAUAAGCUGUGGGGCUCGACUUAAUGUCCACACCGCUCCAACCAAUACACUUUGGUACAAGGAUUUUGGUUAUACAGGAGGAAGGCCAGCAAAUGCAUCACCUACAAGUUACAUUGCUCCUCCACUUAAAACACUUCGCUAUUUCCCUCUCUCUGAUGGCCCAGAGAAUUGCUAUAAUAUCAAGAGAGUACCUAAGGGGCAUUAUGCAGUGAGAAUCUUCUUUGCAUUGGUUGCAGAGCCUAAUUUUGAGAAUGAGCCUCUAUUUGAUGUUUCUAUUCAAGGAAGUCAGAUAUAUUCUUUAAGAUCAGGUUGGAGUACCAGUGAUGAUCAGUCAUUUACUGAAGCCCUAGUAUUUGUUGCAGAUGGUUCUCUCUCUUCUUGUGUUCAUAGCACUGGGCAUGGGGACCCUGCUAUUCUUUCAUUCGAAAUUCUUCAAGUUGAUGACAAAGCAUAUUAUUUUGGUUCAAACUGGGGUCAGGGGACAAUAUUGAGGACAGCCAAAAGACUGAACUGUGGUUCUACAUUGUCUAAAUUUGAUGCAGAUUACAAUGGGGAUCACUGGGGUGGGGACAGAUUCUGGCAUAAAGCUACAACUUUUCAGCAGAGUUCUGGUAAGGUUAGAUCUGUUGAAAGCAAAAUUAAGAAAGCUUCUGUGUCACCAAACUUUUAUCCAGAAGAGAUAUAUCAGACGGCACUUAUUAGUACUGACAGUCUGCCAGAAUUAUCAUAUAACAUGGAUGUGGAUCCCAACAGAAACUACUCAAUUUGGUUGCACUUUGCAGAGAUUGAUGUUGGCAUCACAAAUGUAGGGCAAAGGAUUUUUGAUAUCUUGAUAAAUGGUGAUAUUGCAUUUAAAGAUGUUGACAUUAUCCGUAUGAGUGGGGGCGCUCAUAUGGCUAUUGUGCUGAACAAGACUAUUGCUGUCAAUGGGAGAACUUUGACAAUAACCAUACACCCUACCAAAGGAAAUGCUAUUAUCAAUGCCAUUGAGGUUUUUGAGGUUAUUCCAGCAGAGUCCAAAACUUUAACUGAAGAAGUUGGGGCUUUACAGACGUUGAAGAAUGCUUUGGGACUUCCUCUUCGUUUUGGGUGGAAUGGUGAUCCAUGUGUUCCCCAGCAACAUCCAUGGAGUGGAGUAGAUUGCCUAUAUGAUAAGAAAAACCUCAAAUGGGUCAUAGAUGGACUUACUCUUGACAAUCAAGCUCUGAGGGGUUUCUUGUCGAAUGACAUAUCCAAGCUGCAUCAUCUACAAAGCAUAAAUCUGAGUGGGAACAGCAUUCAUGGAACCAUACCAUCCUCACUUGGAACAAUAACAGGGCUGGAAGUAUUAGACCUCUCUUUCAACUUUUUCAAUGGUUCAAUUCCUGAAAGCCUUGGAAUGCUAACAUCAUUAAAGAGACUGAACCUCAAUGGCAAUCUUCUAUCUGGAAGAGUCCCAGCUGCACUUGGAGGAAGGCUUCUUCACAGAGCUAGCUUCAAUUUUACAAGUAAUGCAGGCCUUUGUGGCAUGCCAGGACUACCAACUUGCGGACCCCACCUUUCCACUGGUGCAAAGAUAGGCAUUGCAUUUGGGUCCCUUGUGGCAUUUUUACUCCUUAUUAUCUGUUCGGUAUGUUGGUGGAAAAGAAGACAAAAUAUUCUGCGGGCUCAGAAGACUGCAGCAAGAGAUGCUCCCUAUGCAAAAGCAAGAACACAUUUUGUGCGUGAUGUGCAACUGACUACUAGGCAUCAUGGUCAUGACAUCCCCAGGACUGCUGUUGAGAGUGGACCUAGCUUGCUCACAUGAUUGGUGAAAGGAAAAAAGGAACAAAAAGAAUGUUUCCAUCUGUAUUUUGCAGUCCUGAAGUUUUUGAGAUUUGUCUGGGCUGUCCUGAAAUUUCCUUAUUCUAUAAUGCUUCAAGUUCAUCAAAAAACCUGUUUAGUAGCCCUUUAGAAUCCAUGUAUUGCUUGUACAAUUCUAGAUUCUAAAAUAUCCCCUUGCAUUUAGAGUGGUGGUAUAUGUUGUAGAUUAUAAUGUAAAUUGCUCAUUCUUCUCUUUUUCCAAUUUUCAGCCCAAAAGUGGGAAGUAGACAAAGAAUGGUUUCCUCAGAUGUGAAGUUAAAGAAUGCUUUUUUGUUCAUGACAACAAUUCUGCAUAUGUGGAGGGCAUUUUGUAUUGAUCAAGGCAUGGCCUAUAUAAUAAACUAACGACUUUAAGGAUAA